UUUAGAUUUGAAUACAUGGAACAUGAAGUAGCCCUAUUCAGCAUGGCCAAAAGUUGUCGCAGGUUUAAAGAUUUGAUAGAGAUGUAAUGUAAAGUAAAGUUUUAAUUGAAGUGUGCUUUGGAGCAAUAGUAAAAUGGCAUCAGGUUUACCACCAUCUAAUGCCAUUGGACAGAUGCAAGCAACAGGAUUUUUAGGUGGACCUCAGCCUCCACCCGCUGGUGUUGGACCACCAUUCCCACCCGGCCUUCCACCUCCAGGUAUGCAGCCAAUGGGUGUGAUGCCAGGAGUGCCACCUCCAGGGUAUUUCACUGCUUAUCAACCAGCACUGCCAACUGGACCACCCCAGCCAAUGGGCAUGCCACCUGGUGCACCAUUGCCAGCAACAGCGUUUGUCCCAACAGUUAUUCCUCCAGCUGCUGCUCAACCAUUCCAGCCAGCUCCAUUCAAUCCAGCCAUGAUGGUCGGUAUAUUGCCAAUGACGACAAUGGCACCGGUAACCAAAGUUAAUGAUAAACCAGCUCAGAAAGAGGCUGAAAGAAAACCUGUCGCUGAGGAGGAGAAGAAAGUCGACACAAAAGAAGAGAAGCCAAAGAAGAAAAAGAAAGUUAAAAAGAAAAAGACACCUUGGAGCACUCAUCAAGCUCCAGAUGGGAGAGAGUAUUUUUAUAACACAGAAACAAAACAAUCUGUUUGGAGUAAACCAGACGAGUUAAAGACACCUGGUGAGUUGCUGUUAGACUCCUGUCCAUGGAAAGAAUACAAAACGGAUACGGGUAGGCCGUACUAUCAUAACACUGAAACCAAGGAAUCCAAAUGGACGAUCCCCGAAGAGCUUGAGAAGAUCAAGGAACAAAUCAAGGAAGAGAAGGAAAAAGGAUCCGAGGAAGAGGAAGUAACAGAUGAUUCUGAAGAUGAAAAAGGCGACAAGGAAAGCAAGGAAUCUGACGAGAAGAAGGACAGCGUAAGCUCUGAAAGCAGCGCUAAGCCAUCGGUGACGGAGAAACGGGAAUAUGAAACCAAGGAAGAGGCUAAGCAAGCCUUCAAGGAUCUUCUCAAAGAAAAGGGAGUCCCAAGCAAUGCAUCAUGGGAAAAUGCCAUGAAGAUGAUUGUCACUGAUCCACGAUAUACCGCGCUUACGAAGCUAAACGAGAAGAAGCAAGUAUUCAAUACUUACAAACAGCAGAGAGCCAACGAGGAGAGAGAGGAACAUCGCAUGAAACUAAAACAAGCUAAGGAAGACUUGCGUCAUUUCCUGGAGACACAUCCCAAAAUGCAUUCCUGGACAAGAUGGCGGAAAGCAUCGGAGAUGUUCGAUGGGGAAGAAAUAUGGAACGCAGUUAACGAAAGAGAAAAGAGGGACAUUUAUGAUGAUGUAAUUUUCUAUCUGGCGAAGAAAGAAAAGGAGGAUGAGAAAAAACUCCAUGCUAAAAACAGAGAAUAUAUGCUUGAUGUCUUUAGUGGCAUCUCUUCGAUCACAUACAAAACACUUUGGUCCGAGGCUCAAGAAAUACUUAAAGACCAUUCAACAUACAGGGAUGACGAGGAUGUGAUUCGAAUCAUGUCAGAUGAUAAAGAAGAUGCCCUAAUUGCUUUUGACAACCAUGCAAGAGAGCUGGAAAAGGAGUAUGAAGAAGAACGAAUUCGGGAGAAAAAUCGUCUGAAAAGACAGCAACGGAAAAAUAGAGAAGGAUUUCUCGCGCUGCUGGACGAGCUUCACAAAUCAGGCUACCUGACGUCAAUGGCCAGGUGGAUGGACCUCUACCCAAAAAUAAGCGCAGACGUGCGGUUUGCAAACAUGCUCGGCCAACCAGGAUCGACUCCUUUGGACUUGUUUAAAUUCUUUGUUGAAGAUCUAAAGGCGAGAUAUAACGACGAAAAGAAAAUCAUUAAAGAAAUCCUAAAGGACAGAAACUUCAUUUUCGAAAUAGACACAACUUAUGACGAAUUCAACAAUGUGAUCAUGGACGACGAACGCUGUGCGACUCUGGACCCAGGAAACAUAAAGUUUGCCUUUAACAGCAUGCAUGAGAAAGCAGAAGGAAGGGAAAAAGAAAGACUGAAGAAGGAAGAAAGAGAGUCGAAAAGAAGAGAAAGCUCGUUCAAGCAGCUUUUAAAGCAGGCAGCGCCACCUUUGGAGCCUGGGGACAAAUGGGAAAGCGUAAGAAGCCGGUUUUCAAGUGAAUCGAUAUUCUCACAAAUAACUUUAGAGUCAGAACGGGUCCGUAUUUUCAAAGACUUUAUGGGCACGAUCGAAAGUAAAUCAAAAUCAAAGAAAAAAUCAUCGAAAAAGCACAAAAGGAGGUCGAGAUCAUCAUCGGUCUCGCUUUCCGAAGAAGAACGAUCCAGAAAGAAAAAGAAACGAAGGUCAAGAUCCAAAACUCCAUCGUCAGCGUCAGAAUCAGAACAAGAAGUGAAAAAGAAAGAAAAGAAGCACAAGAAGAAAAGCAAGAAGAAAAAGUAUUACACUCCUACACCAUCUGGAUCCGAGUCGGAAGCAGAGGAGGUCGUUAAGGAAAAAAGUGAAAAGAGUAAAUCGAAGCAUAAGUCAAAAUCAAGAGAAAAGAAAGAAAAAAGGGAGAAGCGAGAGACGGUAGAUUAUGACGAUGGGAAGUUGAGUGAGUCAGGAAGUGAAGAAGGGGAAACUCGCUCGCCUGUCCCAUCUAAGAAGAAAAAGACUGACUGGGACACAUCGAGUGAAGACGAGGCUAUGCUACAGAAGAGAAAACGAGAGUUGCUGCAAAAACUAAGAGCCUCGGCACAGCAGGAUGGCGAUUAUUGAACAAUGCGCAAAUUCUUCACCAGCUCUCCAAUUAGGCCUGACGAUUUUUUCAUCUCAGAACACGAAGAACUGUUAUUUUCAUCAACUUUUAACAUCACACACAGCAGGUCUUCAUAAUUCUGUAUCGAUGAUUCCCUCAGUAGGGGAUUUUGAUACCAUCUUAUUUUGUAUUACUUUAUUUGAGUAGAAUUUAUUUUAGUCUUUUUGGUCACCUUCUUCCAAACCAGUGAGUCUAAUAUUUACUUUGAUGCGUAAACCUCAUAAAAUUCCUUGUUCUUUUUUCUGAUUCAAUCAGAUAAUUUCUUUUCUGAGACAGGCAGUUGCCCGUAUUGCUUGUUGGCGGAGAGGUACUUCAGAAUCUUUCCAGUAACAGCGAUGUAUAUAACUUACCGUUAUCAGAAUGCUUAAUUGUUAUGAUAAUUUAUCUACUUCAGAUACUGUUGCUUACCCUAAGAAAUGAUUGUUGAAGAUAAAAUCGUAACUGUAA